AUGCAGACCACCAGCCCACUGGUACUUUUACAAGGCGAGUGCGUAGGCGACAACAGCGAAGUCCCAGCGCCACAGCAAUACGCAAACGACCACGGGCUGGGUCAAAACAGCCACUCAUUUGGGUCGUAUCGGCUUGCUCCUGUUCGAAGCAUCCUUGACUCCAGACCACCCAUGACAUGGCUCAUGCAGCAGGCUGCAGACGUCUGCGCUCAUCUCUACGGAGCGUACGGAGCAGGCGUUGCAAGUAGUCUUGGAAACGAUUCUGCCGUGGGCCUGACUGUGACUGGUGCCGUAACCAACCCUCUACGCCCGCCUCGCCCAGCUUUGGUUGCAGAGCAAAACUGCACUGCUGCUGCAGCAUGGCAGCACAGAUGGGUGGCUGGCCCAUGCACCAGCCUAUUUUAUGUUCGAAAAGAGCAUGGAGCAGGCGUGUGA